AUGAGGCAGACGCGUUUUUUUGCCGGCCGGCCACCGCCGGUGAUUGGGCAGACACGCAAAGCCCGUUUUGCCGGUGUCGACGACAACCCGACGAUUACGUUCAAGCCGUGGGAAACGAGCGAGCCGCUGAUGGCCGACUACGGGUGGCAGCGGGGGCAACUGCCGAAGUUCCGCGCGCGCAGCCCGUUUCAUCGGCAGCAAAUUGCCCGCCGCAUGGUGACGGAGAUGAUACGGAAGGAUUACUGCAUUGUGGGCGGGGCACGCGCUCCCGUGCUGCGUAUUUUGGCGGACCACGUGGUUGACCUCGCCAAGGCCGGGGACACCGACUCCCGGCAGCAUCUCGCGUAUUUCCUGCACGAUCCGCUGAUGGUCGACAAGGCGUUCGACGAGUACCCGCGACGGUUCAAAGACAUGUACGGGAAGUAUGCCAUGAUGACUCGGCUGAAAAGUCGUCGUCGCACGGAUGGCGUAGCGAUGUACUUUGUGGAGUACAAAAACCGUGACAUGAGUGACAACCACAAGGGCGAGGACUACACGACGGGACCUGAGCGCUUUUUUCUCCCCCCUCGUAUCGUUGAGACGGAGAAGGGCAUCCAACGGCCGCCGCACAUGCAGAUGGCGUUUGACCGAUGGGCGAGUAAAUUUAAAACAGAGGAGUUUCAUCAUUGGUGGCGUCUUCGCCAUGCGAAAAUGCGCUUCUGGGGCGUGCGCAAUGUUCCGCAUCCAAGUGACGUGGACCCGUUGUGGACGGAGAAGGAGGAGGAAGAGUGGCACAAUGAGAUGCUUGCCAACACGGGCGACUUUGAGGAUUUGGAUCUUGAAGAUGAUAACUUUAGUGCAACCGGUGAGGGUGGGGAGCCGUCGGCUGAUGAUGGGGCUGCUCCUGAACCGCGGCAAUGGGCAUAA